GUGACUGCGUUCCUUUAUCACCUCACAGCAGUUAAAUUAAUCGUACAUGAACUCCCACCACAUAGUUCCGGAGGAAAACUUGGAUUCGAGCUAAUCUCAAACUAUGGACUCUAAUAGAUGAUUCAGGGAGCCCUUUGCAGGUUGUCGACUGAGGAAACACUUAGGUAGACCGUGAGCUUGGAAGCGCAAUUUUUUGGAUAAAUUUAAUCGACAUCAACUGUCUGUGCUUUCGUUUGUAUUCGGUGGCCUUCAACACUGGUAAUUUCACUGGAUAACACGAAAUACCAUCUACGAACGAUCUGCUGAGUUGAUUUCGCUUGUGGCCACAGAUCCAGAUAGACGAUCGUUUUGAUUCUGUGUCUGCUAACUGGGUAAGGCAGCGUGAAUGUAUUCAAGGUAUGGUGGUUUAUGAGGGCUAAACAUCCGUCGAAAUGGCUGUAAGAACAUGCGGAUGGCUUGCUCUUUUGGUCAUUCUAUCUUACGUCCCUUCGCCGAUCGCGGAAGAAGUUAAACUUGGCCUUUUAAUCCCUUUCAAAAGCGCUGGUCGAAUCGGGAACUAUUUCCAUCGAGGCGAGUUCUUUGCCUCCGCCAUGAGUAUCGCAGUAGAUGAUAUCAACCGAAGGCCUGACCUUCUUCCUGGUAUAAAUGUCACUUUCAUCUGGAACGACACCGACUGCGAAGAGCUUAAAACGCUGCAGUCCGUAGUAUAUCAAAUGAAUCAGGGCGUUACGGCAUUUAUCGGCCCGGGAUGUAGCUGUAACACUUCUGCCAGGCUGGCUGCAUCAUUCAGUAAGACCAUGAUAUCAUAUAUGUGUGGCAAUCCUGAUGUUUCGUACAAGAAGUUGUAUCCGACCUUUAUUCGAACGUUUGCUGUUGACACUAAACUCACGCCAAGUCUACUGUCACUGCUCAAUUACUUCAAUUGGAAGAGAGUGGCGAUUAUCUACGAAAACGUAACGAAAUGGAUUGAAAUGAAAGAUAACUUGGCCACACGAUUGAGAGCGAAAGGAAUAACUGUGGCUCUGGAACUGCUUACGCAUCAUUCAGCGCUGUACAGGCCUAAAAACCAUUCAGACAAUUACAGAGAAAUUAUGAGAAAGGUCAAAGAAGAAGCUCGAAUUGUGGUUUUUGUGUCCGAUUUCCACAUAGCCAGGGAAGGGAUGCUUCACGCAUAUGAUGAAGACAUGAUAAAUGGCGAUUACGCUUUUAUAAUGUUUGAACUGGAUCAAGCUCAAAUAGCAAUGUACACCGGGAAGCCUUUCAAGUGGUUUUUCAGCAGCCACUGGGAAACUUUGAAUAGAUAUGAACAUUUGAAGAAAGCCUUUGAAGCUGUUUUUGUCCUGGCCAUAAAAAGUCCUACUUCCGAAAGCUACACCAGCUUUGCAGAGGAGUUGAAGCGCCGUUCCCCUGACCCUCCGUUUAACAGCGAAGUAUACAAAGGCUAUCUGUGGGACAACAAGUCAAGCUUCCCUGCAAACAAAUCUCGGCCACCAAUUUACGGAGCUUAUCUUUACGAUGCCGUGUACCAGUACGCGAUUGCGCUCAACAAAACAUUGGCAGAGAAGGAACCUUUGACAGGAAAGAACAUCGCAAACAAGCUACAUGAUAUCCAAUACGACAGCAUACUUGGAUACAAGAUUCAUUUUGAUGUAAAUGGAGAUGCCGAGUUCAAUUUAACGUUACUGGAUAUGCAAGCUGUUACAGGUGAGGGAGAUAUGAUUCCAGUUGGGGAUUUCCAAAUCAAGUUCGAUAAUACAACGAAAGGAGGAGAACAGGUUUUUAUUAGACGGCCAAACGUUACCAUAAAAUGGCCUGGUGGACGAAAGGGGCCCCCAAGGGACUCCCCUGAGUGCGGCUUUCAUGGAGAAUUGUGUAUUGAACCCGAGAAAGGAGAUGCCAAGACGAAAAUAAUUGCCGGAGUGUCAGGAGCACUUGCCCUCCUAUCGCUGCUCUUACUCCUUAACAUCUACAGGCAGUACAGGCUUGAGCGUGAACUAAAAAGUCUGCUCUGGAAGGUCGACUACAAUGAAAUCUGUUUUGAGAAGAAAAGGAAUUCCAUUUCGUCCUUUGGAAGCUGUGUGAAGGAAAACGAUCCUGAUAUGUUUGAACCCCUCCUCGAAGAUGACGAUGAGGUUUUAAAGGUCACCGCUGUCGGAGUUUACAAGGGAAACCUUGUUGCAGUCAAACGCUUGGCCAAGAAAAAUAUAGAUCUCACGAGAACUGUGUUAAUGGAACUAAAACAGAUGCGCGACCUGAGGCAUGACAAUCUAAAUCCAUUCAUCGGCGCAUGCGUGGAUCCACCAAACAUCUGCAUCAUUUCGCAGUACUGCUCCAAGGGGAGCCUUCAGGAUAUUUUGGAAAACGAGGAUGUCAAGUUGGAUCAUAUGUUCAUAGCUUCACUUGUUUCUGACAUAGUUAAGGGAAUGUGUUUUAUCCAGAGCACAGAUAUCAAGUCACAUGGUGAUCUUAAAUCACCCAACUGCUUGGUGGAUAGCCGCUGGGUGUUAAAAAUUGCAGAUUACGGGCUCCCAACCUUUAAGGAAAAGCAAAGGAAAACGUACCCGUCGGAGUAUGCGUACUACAGAGAUCUUCUAUGGGUUGCGCCGGAGAUUUUACGCCUUCCAAAUCGUCCUGCUAGAGGAACGCAGAAGGGCGAUGUCUACAGCUUUGCAAUCAUUUUGCAAGAGUUCCAUACAAGGGAAGGUCCCUACAGUUCCAGCUAUAUGGAUCCCAAGGAUAUUGUAAGCCGGGUACAGAACGGAGAAUUUCCGCCUUUCCGCCCGACUGUAUCAGAGCUGAUCACCGGAGUGGAAGAAAUCCGGGAACUGAUGAAACAGUGUUGGGAAGAAAGUCCAGACUUACGACCAGACUUCCACGAAAUCAAGAAGAUUAUGAACAAGAUUUUAACCAACAACGGAAUGAAAACAAACAUUUUUGACAACGUUGUUUAUAUGAUGGAAAAGUACGCUGAUAACUUGGAAGAACUGGUGAUUGAACGAACUGGUCAGUUGAUCGAAGAAAAGAAGAAGACUGACGCUCUGUUGGAAAGAAUGUUGCCAAGGCCUGUUGCAGAGCAGCUCAAGAGAGGCAAAGCGGUAGAGGCGGAAAGUUUCCACGAAGUCUCGAUUUACUUUAGUGACAUUGUUGGAUUCACUGAGCUCUCUGCAGAAAGUACUCCUCUACAGGUUGUUACUCUUUUGAAUGACUUGUACACUCUAUUUGAUGACAUCAUAAGUGAAUAUGACGUUUACAAGUGCGCUCCUUCUGCCCGGCAGGUGGAGACAAUUGGUGACGCUUACAUGGUUGUGUCAGGGCUACCCAUCAGAAAUGGCCAUCAACACGCUGGUGAGAUUGCGCGCAUGGCGUUGCACUUGAUUGAGGCUGUGAAGAAAGACUUUACAGUUCGUCACAAGAGUGAUUACAAACUUAAACUACGUGUUGGAAUUCACAGUGGUCCUGUGGUGGCAGGUGUUGUUGGAAUAACUAUGCCACGUUACUGUUUAUUUGGUGACACAGUCAACACUGCAUCUCGGAUGGAAUCAAAUGGAGAAGCUCUAAGAAUUCAUAUCAGCGAGGUGACAAAGAGAAUACUUGAAGCUUUGGGAGGCUUCAUAGUCGAAACUCGGGGCGAGGUGUUCCUGAAGGGAAAGGGAAAUAUGACAACUUAUUGGCUUAUGGAUGCAGCACAGAAACCAGUCCAUAAGCCUCGGCGCCCCAUACCAAAUGGCUUCCUUACGGACUCCCCCCUCCUUUCUUUACCCGGAUUUAAAAGUACUUUGGCGGGGUCAUGCUCAUCAGUAUCCCUGGGAAUAAGACGUUCCCCGUCGCUGCGCCGUAGUCAGUUCCGUGGCUCCCAGGGGUCUCCAAUUAUGAAGAGAUGGCAGAAGAUUGAGGAUGGUCCCAAGAAUUCCCCAAGAAACAGCUUGAUUAAGACAAAUGCCAAUGCCACUCAGCAGACUAUUGUAUGAAAGCGAAAACACUCAUUUUAACUCUGCUGGGAGAAUUAACUUCCGUGUCGAGUGUGAACAUACAAGUCCAAUUUCAGAAGAAACGUUAAGAGAGAAGGAAGUGGAUAGAACUAUGCGAUAUCGUCGUAAUUACUUUCUUUCUGAGGUCCAUCUUAAGAUUAUUUGCUGUCACGAACGGGAAGUAAAAGUCAUGUAUUUGUGUCACAGCAUAGGCACGUCAUUUGAAUACUCGUCCCUCGGACAUUUUGCGUCCGUUAACUAAUUGUGUGUGGCUAUAAUGUACCGAUCAAUUCGAAGCUUCAACAUCCCCUCGGGCAACCUCCCCCCUCCCGGCAUUUGACCUUGAGAAGAUUGAUUUGUUAAAACCCCGCCCACGGGGCAAAGACUGUUCUCAAAUGCCCCAACAAAUAUUUUUGUUAAAGGAAAAAUUAGCAACUGUGACUUUCUACACAUUGACUAAGCUUUGAAACCUAGACCUCGUAGAACUUUCUUUCUGAGCCAUUGGCUCGCUAAAGUAAACUAUUUAUUUUUUAGACACCUCUAUAUUUAACAAUAUAACACUAGUGUUUCUCUGUAAAGACUUGUCGAAUGUCUGUAGGUUACCCGGGGGAGGGGGAUGUUGAAGCUUCGAACUGAACGGUGCAUAAUACGUUUGAGCGUAAGGUAACGAUGAGCAAAAGGAAAAUAAGAUACAAUUAGCAUAGUUUCUUUCUUAAAAGGGUUGUGCAUUAGGCGACAAGAGCACCGUCAAACUUUCAAGAAUUUGCUUAAAAAAUCAUUUUUACGGCAAAUUCAUUUUGUGUGAAUGGGUACCAUCAUUUUUGUGAUAUUUCACAUUCUGCUCUCUCUCUGUUUAAAACAGAGAAGACACAUGUGUAACAUAACUUUGUGUGAACGCCGUUUGUUUUCCAGGUGAAAUUAUCAGUCUGUCAAGCUGGUCAAAAAAAUUGCUUUCAUUUCAAUUUCUUCCAAGUUCAUUCAUCUCUGUCUGUCAGAGAGAAAAACACCUGAUUAAAAACUGUUCCAAAACAAUGCUCUUAUUUUCUAGAGUCUCGACUUCUUGAUUCCACUUGCCAUUAUGAUAAUUGCUUCAAAACAAAAACCUUUUUACUUACAAGGUUUGCAGUGCUUUUUUUCCCUUGUAAAAAUUUGUCGAAUUUCAAGUGUAUGUUUUCUCAUAAUGAAAAUUUAUUAUUUCUAUAACAUUUCCACUUACUAAAGAAUUCUGUAGGUUUAUUUGUUGGUGCAUCUUCGCUUUGGCAAUUGCAUGAUGGCACUUUUAAUUGGAAUGAACACCGUCACUUUAUUUGGAAACAUUUACAUUUAGUGGAGAUUGAAAUUUUCAAUUCAAAUUGUAAUCGCUAGGACCAGAUCCAAUAUUUGAAAGAACAGUGUAUACAUCUGAAAACAUUAAAUACAUUGGUUUUAAGGCAACAUUUUUCAGUACCAAAGAAAAUUGUUUUGUCGAAACCCAGAGAGGAAUGAAAAUCUUCAUGAAGCCAGGAGAGCGGGUGUGUAUAUCGUACAGAGUGAAAAGUAAUUUAUAAGUUCUAAAUUGCCCCAAAUAUAUUUCAGCAUGAAUAGAUUGUAUAUAUUAUAUGUGUAAUAUAGUGCGUUUCGACGAGCUCGAGCAAUCGGUUUCUGUAGAAUGUAAAGUUGUCUAUGUAGUUGUUUCUGUCCAUUUGAGGAAAAUACGAUAUAAUUAAAAUUUUUGAAUAACCAA